UUUGAUUGCUAAGAUGGUCUGUGUAUACUUCUUAGUUCUUACUCUUUUCGUGAUAUGUCAUUAAACCAAAAAGAAAUUUGAAUAUGUAUACAAAAGUAUAGCCACUCAUGUAUAUGUUGAUAAGUCUGGUCUGUGCUGUAAUAGCCUGAACUGCCUUGCAAAUGGAAUCUCUGGUGCCAAAAACCUCAGUUCUUUCAUUUGUCUGCAUUCCAGUUCCAAGACCCUCCUUCUUCUGUUCAUCCCAAAACAAUCUCACUUAUAAACAUAUCUCCAUUAACUCGGCACUUUCGAACAAAAGCCGCAAUAAAUCUCUUAAAUCCUCAAACCCAUCCCUCUCAAACCCCCUAGCAACUAAUGCUGAUUUGAUUGGUUUGUGCCGACAAGGUAAGAUUGAACAAGCCCUCGACUCCUUGUCUCUUGGUGUUCAAGUGGAACGUCCUGUUUUCGAGCUUCUUUUGGAUUCUUGCAAGAAUUCGAGGGCUCUUGACUUGGGAAAGAAGGUUCAUAAAUUGUUGAUCCGGUCGCCUUUUAAUGGCGAUGUUGAGUUGAAUUAUAAUUUGAUUGAGAUGUAUAUGAAAUGUGGGAGUAUGAGAGAUGCACGGAGGGUGUUUGAUAGAAUGCGGGAGAGGAAUAUGUGGUCUUGGCAUUUGAUGAUAUAUGGGUAUGCGAGUAAUGGGCAGGGUGAUGAUGGGUUGCUGUUGUUUGAGAAAAUGAAGGAGAUGGGGUUGCGACCAAAUGAGGAUACUUUCGUGCUUGUUCUUUUGGCUUGUGCUGCUUCGGAAGCUGUUGAAGAGUGUUUAGUGUAUUUUAAGUCGAUGAAGAAUGACUACGGGAUUGUUCCAGGAUAUGAGCAUUAUUUAGGCGUGGUUGAUGUUCUUGGAAAAUCUGGUCACUUGAAUGAAGCUGUGGAAUUUGUAGACAAUAUGCCAGUUGAGCCCACAGCUGAAAUUUGGGAAGCUUUGGUAAAUCUUUCACGACUACACGGGGAUAUUGAGCUUGAAGAUCGAGCUGAGGAGAUGUUGGCAUCUUUUGAUCCCUCUAGAGAAAGAGUUGAUAAGCUCCCUGUGCCUCUGCCAAAGAGGCAUUCAGUGCCAAAUAUGCUUCAAGUGAACAAUAAGGUUAGUGAAUAUCGGUGUUUGAAUCCAUAUAAGGGAAAUCGUUAUGAAAACUUCAAAGGCCUGAAUGGGCAGAUGAGAGAAGCUGGGUAUGUGCCAGACACGAGAUAUGUGCUUCAUGAUAUUGAUCAGGAGGCUAAAGAACAGGCCUUGAUGUAUCACAGUGAACGUUUGGCUAUUGCGUAUGGUUUGAUUAGUACUCCGGCAAGAACCACUCUUAGGAUCAUCAAGAACUUGAGAAUAUGUGGUGACUGUCACAAUGCAAUAAAAAUAAUGUCCAUGAUUGUCGGCAGGGAACUGAUUGUACGUGAUAAUAAAAGAUUCCAUCACUUCAGAGACGGUAUAUGCUCAUGUGGAGAUUACUGGUAAAAUAUAAACUUGAAAUGUAACUAGACCUACGAUAGACUUUUUGAAGGUGCCAUCAGCCUUGUGUUACUGUAAAUUCUGUAGUACUCCUUCAUCAAUGCACAUCUAAAUACUUCAGAUUAA